AUGGAAUCGAUAUCAUUCAGUGGCAAUAACCAUGGGCUUCAGGUUGGAGAUAACCGAGGAUUAAUCAAGGCAGAGUUUCAUUUGCCUCCGGUGCGACCAGAAACCCCGCCUAGCCCUUUGUCAACAGUGCCAUUCACACGCGAUCCAGACUUUGUCCAUCGCGAUACACUGCUUGAUCAGAUCCAUAUUAAAAGCUCGGUCGCGGGGUCGAGGAUAGCGCUUAUUGGCCUCGGCGGUAUUGGAAAAUCCCAACUUGCAAUCGAAUACUCCUACCAAGUCCGAUCAACAUCACCGGCAACAUGGGUUUUCUGGGUCCAUGCGAGUAAUAAAGCCCGAUUUGAGCAAAGUUUUCGGGACAUCGCGGACCAGGUUAAAAUCCCGGGUCGUCAAGACCCUAAAGCUAACAUUUUCAAACUGGUCGAAAACUGGCUCCGGGAUGAGAAGAUAGGAAAUUGGGUUUGUAUCCUUGAUAAUGUCGAUAACGAUCAGCUUCUUUGCUCAGCUCCGGUAGCAGGCAAGGGUGAUCCAAUUAGCGCCAAUGCAUCGACAAAACCACUCUUAGAAUAUGUCCCUAGGAGCCGAAAUGGAUUUAUUAUCAUCACGAGUCGAACCAGAGAAGUUGCAUUGAAGAUGGUCGACUAUAAGGGUCUGAUUGAGGUUGAAGCAAUGGAAAGCCCUGAAGCGCUGGAACUUCUCCAAAGAAAGCUUGAUCAAGCAGAAGAAUUCCCAGAGAGCCAACAGUUAGUGAACGCGUUAGAGUUCAUGCCACUAGCGAUUGUGCAGGCCGCUAGCUAUAUCCGAAGCCGGAGGCCUCGCUAUUCAGUAUCACAAUACCUACGAGAUUUCCAACGCAGUGACCGUAAAGCAACAAAGCUUCUGGAAAUAGAGGCCGGUCACCUCUAUCGGGACUGGGAAGCAAAAAAUUCAGUUCUAGUGACAUGGCAAAUUUCCUUCGAUCAUAUACGCCAGCAAAGGCCAUCUGCUGCGCAGUUGCUUUCUCUUAUGAGUUUCUUCGAUCGGCAAGGAAUACCUGAGAAGCUUAUCCGGUAUCAGCCUGAGUCCAACUACAUAUCAAGUUCAGAAUUUGCAAGUGACUACAGUGACGGGGAGACAUCUGAGAGUGAUUCAGGUCCCGAUUUUGAAGAUGACGUCGCAAUACUUCGGGACUAUUCAUUUAUAUCUAUAAGUGAAAACAGUACCUUCUUUACGAUGCAUCGGCUGGUACAACUGACUACGCGCGCGUGGUUAAAAUCUCAUGGAAAAAUAGAUGAAUGGAAGGAGCAAUUCAUUAGCACUUUAUACAAUGAGUUUCCUACUGGUGGAUAUACAAACUGGGCGAGGUGCAGGCCGCUCUUUCCUCAUGUCAAAUCCGCAAUGACACAAAAGCCAGCGUCACCUGAGUGUCUACUGAAAUGGGCCAUGUUGAUUUAUAGAGGUGGAUGGUAUGCGUUGGAGAUUGGAAACAUUGCGGAUUCAAGAGAGAUGGCAUUUCAAUCAAGAUAUCACAGAAUUAUUUUGUUAGGUGAAGAACACGAAGAAACCAUCGAUAGCACACAAAUGUUGGGGACGGUAUACCGAGCUGAGGGCCGAUGGGAGGAAGCCGAGCAGCUCGAGUUGCAGGUGAUGAAGAGUCGCAAGACGAAGCUCGGCGAGGACCAUCCCGAUACUCUGGUUAGUAUAUCCAACCUAGCAUCGACAUACAGUUCCCAGGGCCGGUGGGAGGAGGCCGAGCAGCUCAAGUUGCAAGUGAUGAAGAGUCGCAAGACGAAGCUCGGCGAGGAUCACCCCGACACGUUGACUAGUAUAUCCAACCUAGCAUCGACAUACAGUUCCCAGGGCCGGUGGGAGGAAGCCGAGCAGCUCAAGUUGCAGGUGAUGAAGAGUCGUAAGACGAAGCUCGGCGAGGAUCAUCCCGACACGUUGACUAGUAUAUCCAACCUAGCAUCGACAUACAGUUCCCAAGGCCGGUGGGAGGAGGCCGAGCAGCUCAAGUUGCAGGUGAUGAAGAGUCGUAAGAUGAAGCUCGGCGAGGAUCAUCCCGACACGUUGACUAGUAUAGCCAACCUAGCGUCGACGUAUAGUUCCCAGGGCCGAUGGGAGGAGGCCGAGCAGCUCGAGGUGCAGCUGGUGGAAACAAGCAAGACGAAGCUCGGCGAGGAUCAUCCCAAUACGCUGGCUAGUAUAUCCAACCUAGCAUCCACAUACAGUUCCCAGGGCCGGUGGGAGGAGGCCGAGCAGCUCGAGUUGCAGGUGAUGAAGAGUCGCAAGACGAAGCUCGGCGAGGAUCAUCCCUCCACGCUGACUAGUAUGGCCAACCUAGCGUCGACAUACAAUUACCAGGGCCGGUGGGAGGAAGCCGAGCAGCUCCAGGUGCAGGUGAUGGAUACUCGCAAGACGAAUCUCGGCGAGGAUCAUCCCUCCACGCUGACUAGUAUGGCCAACCUAGCGUCGAUAUACAGUUCCCAGGGCCGGUGGGAGGAAGCCGAGCAGCUCGAGGUGCAGGCGAUAGAGACUCGCAAGACGAAGCUCGGCGAGGAUCAUCCCGACACGUUGACUAGUAUAGCCAACCUAGCGUCGACGUAUAGUUUCCAGGGCCGAUGGGAGGAGGCCGAGCAGCUCGAGGUGCAGCUGGUGGAAACGAGCAAGACGAAGCUUGGCGAGGAUCAUCCCAAUACGCUGGCUAGUAUGGCUAACCUAGCGUCGACGUAUAGUUCCCAGGGCCGAUGGGAGGAGGCCGAGCAGCUCGAGGUACAGCUGGUGGAAACGAGCAAGACGAAGCUCGGCGAGGAUCAUCCCAAUACGCUGGCUAGUAUGGCCAACCUAGCGUCGACGUAUAGUUCCCAGGGCCGAUGGGAGGAGGCCGAGCAGCUCGAGGUGCAGCUGGUGGAAACGAGCAAGACGAAGCUCGGCGAGGAUCAUCCCGAUACGCUGGCUAGUAUAGCCAACCUAGCGUCGACGUAUAGUUCCCAGGGCCGAUGGGAGGAGGCCGAGCAGCUCGAGGUGCAGCUGGUGGAAACGAGCAAGACGAAGCUCGGCGAGGAUCAUCCCGAUACGCUGGCUAGUAUAGCCAACCUAGCGUCGACGUAUAGUUCCCAGGGCCGAUGGGAGGAGGCCGAGCAGCUCGAGGUGCAGCUGGUGGAAACGAGCAAGACGAAGCUCGGCGAGGACCAUCCCGACACGUUGACCAGGAUGGCUAGUCUCGCUGUCACCUGGAAAUAUUCUGCUCGCAAUGCUGAAGCAAUCGACUUGCUACGAAAUUGCAUAAAUAAGCAGCAGCAGACGCUUGGCCGGCAUCAUCCAACAGUUUUAUUCAACUCUGAAACAUUGUUCGAAUGGGAAACGGAUGCGAUACUGUUAGCUGAACUGGAACGAGGAACUGAUGAGGAAUGGGAAACAGAUAGCGAGUAG